GUUGCAUAUUAUGAGUUAGUAAGUGUGUAAGUAAGAGACGGGUUAUGUCAAAUCGUAUUGUUUUUGUUAAAACUAUAAAAUAAAUCUGUGUCAAGUUCUGAUUUCUAAUUGAUACAAUAAUUAAUAAUUAUUUGUUUGAUUGUGUAAUUUUAAAAAAAAAAUUUUUUAAAGUGUCCAAAAUAAUAACAAAAAUGUGUUUUGUGAACAUGUAAAUUUAUUUCAAUUAUAUCCAUUAAAAGAUGAGCCAGCAUGAUAAGUACUGCGGAAAAUCAGCAGCAAACAGCGAUAACGGAAAACAGUACACAAAAUCCAAGUGCAGACGUUCAACACUACUUAUAUAUGUUCCCAUUAGCAUCAGGCCAACCGUCUACAUCCGUUGUAGAUGGACAAAUACCACGAAGACAUAUUCGUAGCAUGAGCCAUGGCGGUGGUGUUCCAACAAUCACAAGCACCAAUAGCAGCAACGUCAGUGGCCAGACAAAUGUCGGAAGUGGUGGUAGUGUUAGUGGGCGACCCUCAGUUCUUAAAGGUGGACGGGGUCACCAACGUGCCCUAUCACAUGGACAAGUCGUCCAAGUACAAAUUGUUGAGAGUGGUAUAAAAUCCGGACAUAGCCGUGGUGGUUCCCGAACAAAUUUUGAAUUGCCACCAGGCCAUCGAGAUGUAGAAGAUUCAACAAAUAGUACCGCACGAAUAUCGUUAAGUAAAGGACAUUCGCGGCAAGCAUCGCGAUCGGAAUCUAUAUACACGUUACGUCGUUCCGAAGUGCCUACAAUAUGGCAUCGAUUUUUUUGUUUUUUAUUACGGAAAUCACCAAGUGCCGAUUGUGAUGAUCGUGGUUAUCGGACUGUUGUACCAAAUCAUAUAGUACCGCCAAAAACACCGCGUAAAGAGCAUCCAAAUGGUGCACGCGUUAAUAAUCGUAUACGAACAACUAAAUAUACGCUGUUAUCAUUUUUGCCACGUAAUUUGUUAGAACAAUUUCAUCGUGUUGCUAAUUUAUAUUUUAUAUUUAUUGUGUUGUUAAAUUGGUUCCCAGCAAUAAACGCUUUCGGUAAAGAAAUUGCUAUGAUACCAGUGAUGCUUGUUUUGGGUGUUACAGCUGUUAAAGAUUUGUUUGAGGAUCGUCGCCGACAUGCUAGUGAUAAAAGGAUUAAUAAUUCAACGUGUCGAAUUUAUAAAAGUGAGGAAGAACGAUAUAGAAAAGUAUUAUGGAAAGAUGUCCGUGUAGGCGAUUUAAUACACUUAUCAAAUAAUGAAAUAAUACCAGCCGAUAUACUACUAUUAAGGUCCAGCGAUCCAAAUGGUAUUUGUUAUUUAGAUACUAGUCAUCUUGAUGGAGAAGCAAAUCUUAAGUUACGACAAGUACCACGUGGAUUCGUUGAAAAGCAAGAUUUAUUUGAACCAAGUCGUUUUCGUAGUAUAAUCGAAGUUGAAUCACCAUCAACAAAAAUAUAUCGAUUUCAUGGUGCAAUCGUACAUCCAACAGGAAAACGUAUUGCUGUUGGUACUGAAAAUUUAUUGUUACGUGAAUGUGUCUUAAAAAAUACCGAUUUCAUAGAAGGUAUCAUUGUGUAUGCUGGUCAUGAAACAAAGGCAAUGUUAAAUAAUGGUGGACCACGCUACAAACGUUCAAAAUUAGAACGGCAAAUGAAUUUAGAUGUUAUAUGGUGUGUACUUAUUUUAAUUGUAUUAUGUCUUAUUGGUGCAAUUGGUUGUAAAUUGUGGUUAACACCGUUUAAACCACCUGUACCAUUUUUACCGAAUAUGGGAGAUCCUUUAUGGGAAGGCAUUUUUACAUUUUGGACUUUUAUUAUUAUAUUACAAAUUAUGAUUCCGCUAUCACUAUAUGUAACAUUAGAAUUUGCAAAAAUGUGGCAAGUAUAUCACAUCCAUAACGAUAAUGAAAUGAUUGAUUACAUCAACAACAAAAAAGUGGAAUGUCGUGCAUUAAACAUUACCGAAGAAUUAGGCCAAGUUCAAUACAUUUUCUCCGAUAAAACUGGUACAUUAACGGAAAAUAAAAUGAUUUUUAAAAAUUGUUGUAUAAAUGGUAUCGAUUAUCAUCAUAAAAUUGUUGAAAAUGUUCAAACGCGUAAUGGUAUUCCACCAAUAUUACCAAAUACAAACUUACAAAAUCAAUUACAACCAGAUUUAAGUACAAAUCAAUAUCAUUACGAGCGUAUUAAUGAAUUUUUAAUAUUAUUAGCAAUUUGUAACACGGUUGUUGUCUCCAAACAUCCUCAUUACGAUUUAAUGAAUGCUUCUGGUGUUAUUGAACCAAUACAUAAUGUAUUUUAUGAAGAAACAUCCACAGCGGCUGCACCGACGCCUCAGGUGUCAGUUAUCGUAAAUAAUAAGACAACAAAUCCGACAGCAACAACUACCUCAUCGAAAGAUCGUUAUGCAAGAUUAACCGAAAGUCGUUCAAUAACUCCGUCACCUCCAUUAUGUAAUAAUGAAGUUAUCACUUCGUCACCAGUUGUGCCUGAUACGAUACAAGAUGUAUCAACAUCAUCUCCAAAUGGUGGAAAUAAUAAAAAAACAAAAUUUUUAGCAAUACCAUCAAUGUUAUUAUCAAACUUCCGUCGAGAUGAUCGUAAAGAACUUAGUGGUUCACAAACACCAACACCCACUCAAACCGAGAGCAAACCAAUUUUUGAAGCUGAAAGUCCUGAUGAAUUAGCAUUAGUUGAUUCCGCAUACUUAUAUGAUUACAAGCUAAUAAAACGUACCCCACAAUUAGUCACUUUAGCAACACCCUCAAGUGGUAUGUUAAAUUUUGACAUACUUAAAAUUUUACCAUUCGAUUCCACACGUAAAAUGAUGUCAGUUAUUUUUCGACAUCCGGUAAAUGGUGUAAUUACGCUGUAUACAAAAGGUGCGGAUACGGCGAUAUUCUCGAAAUUAUCAACAGUUCAAAAUUCUCCAGAUGAUGAAGAAAUUUUAGUUAAAACACAACAACGCAUUAAUACGUAUGCGAAACAAGGUUUACGUGUAUUAUUGAUGGCAAAACGUAGUAUCAGCGAACAUGAGUACAUUAAAUGGAAUUCACAACAUAGUGAAUACGAAUUAUUGGAUGAUAUUAACAAAGAACGUAAAAUACAAGAGAGUUAUAGUAAAAUUGAAAAUAAUUUAAUAUUACUUGGGGCAACCGGUAUUGAAGAUCGUUUACAAGAAGGUGUAUCAGAUGUUUUAUCAUCUUUAACAGCUGCAGGUAUUGUUACAUGGGUUUUAACAGGUGAUAAACCUGAAACCGCUAUUAACAUUGCAUACUCAGCGAAAUUAUUUACACCAAACAUGGAUAUUUUAAAGUUAAUGACACGAUCAAAAGAUGCGGCUGAAAAUUCAAUACUAUUUUAUUUAAGUGAAAUUGAAAAGCUGUUAGAUGGUACGUCUGACACACAGAUACCGCAGAAUCAUCAUCGAAUAUCAGUGGCAACAGCAACUGUUACUCCUAAGAAAGCACAACGAGCUUUAGUGGUUGAUGGUAAAACAUUAACGUACAUAUUAGAUAAACGUUCGAAUUUAACCAAACCAUUUUUAAAAUUAUCCACGUAUUGUAAUUCGGUUUUGUGUUGUCGUUCAACGCCAUUACAGAAAGCGUAUAUUGUUAAAGUUGUUAAAGAGGAAUUAAAAAUGCGAACGUUAGCCAUUGGAGAUGGAGCCAAUGAUGUAUCAAUGAUACAGAAUGCGGACGUUGGUAUUGGUAUUUCUGGACAAGAGGGUAUGCAAGCAGUAAUGGCUGCUGAUUUUUCUAUGUCACGUUUUGUGUACUUAAAACGCUUUUUACUUGUACAUGGACAUUGGUCUUAUGAUCGUUUAGCAAGAAUGAUUUUAUAUUUUUUUUAUAAGAAUGCGGCAUUUGUGUUUUUAAUUUUUUGGUAUCAACUUUAUUGUGGAUUUUCUGGUACUGUUAUGAUAGAUCAAAUGUAUUUAAUGUUAUAUAAUCUGUUAUUUACUUCAUUACCCCCCUUAGCUAUUGGCGUUCAUGAUCGUAGUGCACCUGAAUAUUUAUUAAUGAUGGAACCAUAUUUAUAUAGAGAAGGACGGCUUGGAUUGGUUUAUAAGCCACACUCAUUUUGGAUAACAAUGGCUGAUGCAUUGUAUCAGAGUAUUGUUAUAUUUUUUAUAUCACAAGCGGCUUAUGCUGACACAGAUGUUGGCAUAUGGUCAUUUGGUACAACGAUUAGUACAUGUUGUAUGUACGUUAUGGUUUUACAUGCAGCAAUUGAAAUACAUUCAUGGACAAUAAUCCAUGUUGGUUCGAUUGUAGCAUCGAUUUUAUUAUUUUAUUUAUAUUCAUUGAUUUAUAAUUCAAUUCAAGAAGGAGUAUUUGGUUUACCAACGAUGUACUGGGUGAUACAAGAAAAUAUGAGCACUGGAAUAUACUGGCUUGUUAUUUUAUUAACAUGUGUCACUGCUCUAUUACCAAGAUUUUUAAUAAGAACACUACAAACAACGUAUUGUCCAACAGACAUCACUAGAUCUUUGUUAGAUCGACGGAAAUCAUUAAGUAGAGGACCAACUGUACCAGGAAUAAGAAUAUAAUGUAAAAAAGGAAUGUUUUAAUGUCUUUUUUAAAAUUAAAAUAAAAAGUAUUGUGGCCUUAAAUAAAAAAAUAUACCUACAAUCAAUCAAGUUGUGUAGUUAAAUAAAUUAAAAAAUAAUUAAUAAUAAUUUAUUUAUAUAAAUAAAGUAGAUAGAAAAUUGCAUUUUAUUAUUGGCUGUGAUGAAGAUGCGUAUGAACACAUGAAUAGAUUAAAUGGGACCAAAUAUAUUAAAAAAAUAAAAUUAAAAAAAACAACGAGAGAAGAAAUUGAGAGGACCUUAGUGAAAUACUUAUUUUGUUGUGCUUUAAAACAAGUGAAGCAUACAAGUUGCGUCAUACACGACAAUAAAAAUACAAACUUUUAGUGUGAAAUAUAUUUUUAAAACAAUUUACUUAAAAAAUCAACAAAUUCAUCGAAGAAGAUUCUCAAGUCACAAUUUUUUUUAUUGUAUAAAGCGUUACCAAUGUACCUCUCAACACACACUUACAUACACACAUAUAGGGGAAAUAUUCUUUGGGUUGGGUUUUAUUUGCAUGCUGUUGUUUUUGGAUUGUAUUUUUAAAUGUGCCAUUCUUUUUUUGAGAAUCAAAAAAUAUAGAAGCGAGAGAAUAAUUGAAUUAUUAUCACACAAAUUUCCACUUGUUUUUCUUGAGUAUAGAAUAAAAUAUUUUUAGUAGUUAAAUAUUGGUAUGUGAACGCUAUUUUAGCUCCACUUUUUAUGUUGCUACUUAUGCGAUUCACUUUUAAAAAAUAAACUUACAGUCCAAGAGCUGGGGACACAUUCAGAACACGGAUUUUAUCCAGCUAAUUGUAUAGCUUAAAAGAAUCGUCUAUGAUAGUUGUAUAGAGAUUUAUUAGUCUCGCUAGCAUUCAUAGAGAGAGCAGGUACCGCGCAAGGUAAAAGUAAGAUAAAAUAUAAGGGUUAAAAAUCUUAUUGACUCAGCAUGAAAAACGCAGCACAGUGGAGUAUUUAUAUCAAAUUUCUUGCCUUGGUUGAAAAUUGUUUUUUGGUGUAGUUAGAUAACCACUUCAUCACAAACAGUCCACUUGAGUUACCUCAACUUCGCCCUGCCUGUUUUUGUAAGCCGAAAUCUACUUGCUCUUGCGGAGAAAUAUUAUUAUUGUUACCCCUCUCGAUUUACUGUGUCAUUCAAUUUAUGUUUAUAUAAUUUUUUUAUUAUUGCCAAAUAAAACGUACUUUUGCAUCGAAAUAAACUUUUUAGUCAAUUUUGAGCAUACAAAUCCCUUCUUAUAUUUUGGCCAGAA